CUGCAGGCUCAGAUCGCCUUCCUGCAGGGAGAGAGACGAGGUCAGGAGAACCUGAAGAAGGAUCUGGUGAGGCGGAUCAAGAUGCUGGAGUACGCUCUGAAACAGGAGAGGGCCAAAUAUCAUAAACUGAAAUACGGGACAGAACUGAACCAAGGCGAGAUCAAACCUCCCAGUUAUGAUUCAGAUGAGGGGAACGACAGCGAGGCUCCCAGCACUCCCAACAGCAGCCAUCAGCUCAGCUGGAAACAAGGACGCCAGCUGCUCAGACAGUACCUGCAGGAGGUUGGAUACACCGACACCAUCUUGGAUGUGAAGUCUCAGAGGGUGAGAGCGCUGCUGGGUCUGACCGGAGACUCAGGAGAGAAACCGUCAGAGAAGAAAACCGAACCGAUGGUCAACGGCACCGAACCGUCCUCUCUGAAGGACAGCGGCAUGGUCAGUAAACCGGACAUGUCCGACUCGGCCACCGUGUUGGAGGCCUUUAAGUUCAUAGAGAGCGCUGCAGCAGAGUUCAGCGAUGAGGAUGAGGAGGAGGACAGCGAAGGACGGGAUAAGACCCUCCUGGAUCUGGCUACAAUGGUGAGGAAGAAACACUCGUCAACUCCGUCUUCCACGACCUCUGACCUCAGCGACGACCCCGACACAGAGGAGGCGCUGAAGGGUUUUGAUUUCUUGGCGAGUACCGACGAAAUGGACGGAUCACCUGACCGGAGCGGGGAGGACAUCGGAGAGUGGGAAAAGGAAGACCAGUCUCCUAUGGGUGAACUGGCCUGGGAUGUGGACCAGGGACUGAUAGCCCAGCUCAAGGAGCAGUACAGGAAGGAACGCAAGGGCAAGAAGGGGGUGAAGAGACCAAACCGGUCCAAGCUCCAGGACAUGCUCGCCAACCUGCGGGAGGCUGAGGAUCUUCCCUCCCUGCAGCCUUCUGUGACGCCCCCCUCCCGGCCCAGUCUGCCCAGACUCAGUGAGCACGAAGUGGGACGCCCAGAAGACGAGGCCAUGACGUUCCUGCCGUCGUCGGGGAAGUCGUUCAUACUGGGCAGAGUGGACGAGGCAGUCUCUAACGAGCUUGGACUGGGAGAACUGGCCGGGCUGACUGUUGCCAAUGAGGCCGACAGCCUGGCGUUUGACAUCACCAAUAACAAAGACGCCCUGCGGAAGACGUGGAACCCGAAGUUCACCCUGAGGAGCCACUUUGACUCGGUCCGCGGCCUGGCCUUCCACCCGGUGGAGCCCGUCCUGGUCACCGCCUCCGAGGAUCACACCCUCAAACUGUGGAACCUGCAGAAGACGGCGCCCGCCAAGAAAUGUGCUGCUUUAGAUGUGGAGCCCAUCUACACAUUCAGAGCUCACAGCGGUGCAGUCCUGUGUGUCACCAUGAGCUCGACCGGUGAGCAGUGUUUCAGUGGAGGGGUGGACGGUACCAUUCAGAGCUGGAACACUCCCAACCCCAACGUCGACCCCUACGACUCAUAUGAGCCGUCGGUCCUGCGGGGGGCGCUGUGUGGUCACACAGAUUUUGUGUGGGGUUUGGUCUACAGUGCCGCUCACCACCGCCUCCUCUCCUGCUCGGCUGAUGGAACAGUCCGGCUCUGGAACGCCGCCGACACCGCGCCGUCUCUCGCUGUUUUCAACGAGCGAGGAGAGCUCGGCGUCCCUACCUCGUUGGACUUGGUGAGCAGCGAUCCGGCUCACAUGGUGACGUCGUUCACCACCGGUCACAUCGGACUCUUCAACAUGGAGACGCAGCAGCUCGUCCUGAAGCUGGAGUCCGCCGGCCCGCCAGAAGCUCCCUGCAAGAUCAACAAAGUGCUGAGUCAUCCCACGCUGCCAAUCACCAUCACAGCCCAGGAGGACCGGCACAUCCAGUUCUUCGAUAAUAACACAGGUAAACUGAUUCACUCAAUGGUCGCCCACCUGGACUCCGUCACAAGUCUCGCUGUGGAUCCAAAUGGACUGUACCUCAUGUCUGGAAGCCACGACUGCUCCAUCCGUCUGUGGAACAUGGAGAGCAAGACGUGCAUCCAGGAGUUCACCGCCCACCGCAAGAAGUUCGAGGAGUCAAUCCACGACGUUGCGUUCCACCCCACCAAGUGCUACAUCGGCAGCGCCGGGGCCGACGCACUCGCCAAAGUUUUCGUAUGA